AUGCAGUUCUCUCUCGCCACUGUUGCCGCCCUCUUUGGCGCCUCCGCCCUUGCGGCUCCUGCUCCUCAGGCCACCGACGCUCCUACGCCGUCCGAGAACAUUCUGAUCAACGACUUCUCCGUUCGCAAGCAGGUGAACGGCACCCUCAGCUACGUCAGCUUCACCCUGUCUGGCGAUGAUGCGACGGACCUGGCCUGCUCCGGCGCCAACCCUGAGCUGCCCUCCGAGGUCAUCACCUGCGGCGAGUCCAAGUACCGCUUCACCAUGAGAACCGGUGCUGAGUCUGAGUUUGCCCUGCGCAUCUACCACGAGCUCGGCCUUGCUGUCGGUUUCUGGGGUGAGGGCGAUGUUCCCGCCUACUGCCACGCUGGCGGCCUUGGUGACCUGCUCUGCAACCAGGUCAAUGCCCCUGCGACGAUUGUCAUUGACAACACUCCUCCUCCCGUCAACCCUUAA